AUGGUUUCCAGACAGCAGCUCCUGAGACUGACUGAGGAGACAGUUUGUCCCAUUUGUCUCGACUUCUUCACCGAUCCGGUUAUACUGGAGUGCGGACACAAGUUCUGCCGUUCCUGUAUCACCCAGAGAUGGGAAAAAAAGGAGAUAAACUCCUGUCCGGAAUGCAGAGAGGUGUUUCCGGAAAGAGCCCUCAGGGUAAAUCGGGCCUUAGCGAAUCUGGCCGAGGAGUAUCGAAAGUUAAAGCUGGAUCCGAAAGAGAAGGAAAGUAAACCUCACUGUGAGGAACAUCAGGAAGAUCUUAAACUGGUUUGUGAAACUGACAGGAAAUUGAUCUGUCUGAUUUGUAGAGAUUCGCGGGAACACAGAGAGCACCGCUUCCUGCCGAUCAAUGAGGCUGUUGAAAUCUACAAGGAUCAACUGAAAUCUUCCUUAGAUAUUCUCACAGAGAAGAAAUCGGCCGUUCUACAAACGGAACUGACCCAGAAACGGAAGAUUUCCGAAGUGAGGGAGCAGGCGAGCAGUCUGCAGACCCACAUCACAUCCGAGUUCACUAAAAUGCACCAGAUUCUCACUGAGAAAGAGCAGCGUAUACUCAGAGAUCUCGGGGAAGAAGAGGAGAGGAUUGUAGAACCAAUGGAGAGAAACCUUCGAGAGAUUCAGGAGAAUUUAAAUUCUAUUGAGGAGAAACUCUCAAAGUUACAGAAACAAAUGGAACAAAAAGACGAGCUGAUGUUUCUGAAGGAGGAAGCUUGUCAGAAGAGAAGGAUUAGCGAGUACGAGAACAAACUCUCAGCUGCUGAUGACUCUCUGUCUCUCGCACAGUUCACCGGCCCUUUACAGUACACAGUCUGGAGAGAAAUGUCACACAGCAUUCACCCAGCUCCAGCCUCUCUGACUCUGGAUCCGAACACAGCGCAUCCCUGGCUCAUCCUGUCUGAGGACCGGACCAGUGUGAGACUCGGAGACAGAGAGCAGCCGCUCCCUGACUCCCCAGAGAGAUUUGAUUCCUGGGAAUGCAUCCAGGGAUCAGAGGGAUUCACAUCAGGGAGACAUUACUGGGAGGUGGAGCUGGGGGAGAUGUUCUGGUGGGCUCUGGGAGUGGUCCGAGAGUCUGUGGAGAGGAAACGGGAGAUCACCCCGAGCUCGGAGACCGGAUUCUGGAUUGUGGGGCUGCUACCCGGAUGUGUUAUUUUGCCGCCACCUCCCCCUCCCUGACCCCCCUCUCCCUGAGUGUGAAUCCCCGGAAGAUCGGGGUUUUCCUGGACCAUGAGGGUGGACAGGCGUCAUCUUACAAUGCGGACACCAUGUCCCAUCUCCACACUUACACCCACACUUUCACUGAGAGGAUCUUUCCCAUCUUCAGUCCGGGAUGGAAUGAAGGCGGGAAAAUCACCGCCCCGCUGACAAUCUGCAGGAUUAAAGGAGACUGACAGAUCCAUCCCAUAAUUUCACUCCGUCCCCCUGCCUCCUGCCAGCUGUAAACUGAUGGGGGUCGGUCUCAGUCUGGGGGAAAGAAGGAGGGAGGGGGAGAGAAGAAACAAAUAGAAGCUCAAUUGUGGAGAGGGACUGACUGGGUAGAGUGAGCUGUGAGCUGCAGGAACCCCGGGACCUUCCUGCCUGUAACGUUGCUCCACAGGCGGGAGGUGGCGCUACAUGACAGUGUUGGAAAUGAAUCAGUCAGUGGGUUUCAGACUGGGCUCAGGGGAGUCUUUCCAAGAGGAGACUAGAACAUUUCACUGCAGGGUCAGUGGGAUCUUUCUGGGGGUUGCCAAAUCAUUUCCCUGCAGGGUCAGUGGAGUCUUUCUGGUGGGAAAAUUAAAUAAUUUCAUUGCAGAGUCAGUGAGGUCUUUGCCCGGAUGGGAUUGUACUCACGCAAAAUACAAAUGUCAGACUGAUCUUCUUUAGACUUCCAGCAUGUGUUGGUAAUGUACAUGAUUUAGUAACAUAGGGAAAUUAGUCUUGUUUUGCUCAGGUUUGUAACUAUUGUCCAGAACGUUGCCGCUCUUUCAUAAAAUUGGAAAAUUUGGAAACCUCAGAUUUGAAAGGGAUGGGUAAACUGAUCAUUUGUGUCAGGAUCAUAUUUAAGUAUGUUUGAAACCGUUCAGUUUGUACAAAACUACAAUGUAGUUGGAAUUAUAGUUAUCACUUGUUCCUGAGUUAUUAUUCUCUCAUCAUUAUCUGCACUGAAGUAAUCCUUAAAUCAGCCCAAGGAAAAUGUCUUUGCUAAAAGUCAUUAUUCCAGCACUCUGUGCACAGAACCAAUUCAGAUUUUGACAAUGUUUACGUUUGUGUAAUUAUAAUUU